AUGGGCAAGUGGCGGCCAUGGCCCUCGUCGCUCACCGCGUUCGUCGCCAAGAAGCUCAAGCCGAAGCCACUCGGGCUCGUCCCUGCACUCCUGACGCCAAGCCCGUGCAUGACGCCGGACGACGCCGCGCUGGUCUGGACGCUUCUGCAGCACGACGCCGCGUGGCGGCUCUCGUUCCUGCACGCGUGCCUCGAGCUACUCGUGCACGCCAAAGCCGACGCGGCCUUGGCGCAGCGUGUCGCCAACACGGUGCAUCUCAUGGACGUUUUCUUCUUUCCGCUGGACGUCGCGCCAUUGCAUCUCGACUUUGCCCUUGUGUUGCCGCUCGUGCCAUGGAGCUUCGGCCCGACAAACAAGUGGCGGGCGAUCUUGCUCGACGGCCUCCGCCUUCCGCUGGCAUGCGAGGCGUAUGUGCCCGGGGCGUACGGGGUCCUUCCGGUGGAAACGGAGCCAACAACGAUGCGCAAAUCCAAGUCGAUGCUCUUUGCCCGGCGCAACCGAACCAACACGGCGCUAACGAGCUCGACAUUCUCGUCGUCCACCACAGGCUUGACGUUCGCCGCGACACCAGAGAGCAAGGGACUGUCUCCGUACACGCUGCUGCAGGUCCGCCACCACCUGCUGUGCCGCAUCGAUGUCGAUGCGAUCAUGGACGCGAUGCUAAGUCUCCUGCGAUCUCUCUCCGUUCCGUCUCUCGAGUUUGUGGCGCUCACGAUUCUCUUGACCGAGGCGCUGACCUUUACCACCAAACGUCGCCUCGAAGCCCUCAUCGAGACCGAGCUCGUGCGUCCCGGAGAGGCGUCCCGACGCCGGCUUGCGAUGACCCCUCAUGUGGUUGUUAUCACCACGGCGGUCGACGCACCGUUGUGGCAAGUGCGGCCUCUCGAAGAUGUCUACCACAUCACGACCAUAAACCUGCACGGCAAACUGCAAAGCCUCAUGCGGCGACGGGACACACCACGCGAUGGCUCGCUGCCUCUCGACGUGGCGCGGCUCAUGUCGCAUCUGCACGGCGACUUUGACCUUGCCGACGAGACUCGCGUGGUCGCCUUCUUAUGCCAGCGCCCGUCGCUGGUCACCGAGGUCCUUGCGCAGCUCGCGACGACGCCACCAGUGUCGACGAUCGUGCGGCUAUCUCUCUUGGCGUCCGUGCUCGAGGCGGCCGCGACGCCGCACCCGUUCCCGCCCGCGACGAUCGAUACGACGUACGCAGCCUUUCCCGCCAUGAGGUUUCCAUCGUUUGCACUCAGCCCGCUGAGGAUGACGCCCGUGGUGACAUCGCCCGUCCACGAAGCGAGUCGUUGGCGCGCCGCCCGGCCGGCGCCCGGUGGGAGCGACGGCUCGGUUGUCUUUAUGGGCGACGACGCGUUCUUCCACGAAUGGCUCACCGGUGUCGUGCUGCACUCGUCGUACCCGACCCGUGUCGUGGUGCUGCCAUCAUCCGCGCCGUCGACCCUUGCGCGCUACGUGGCGUCCAUCGACAUGUGGUACUUGCGGUAUCUGUACGGCCCACUGCUAAGCGCUACUGCGUCCACAACGUUGUUGUCGCCAACCGCCUUUUUCACGUCGAUCGAGCAGUCGCUCGUGCAGUUUUUUCUGCACGUUGCAAAUGACGUAGUGCGACUCGCUGUCUUUGAGUGCCGCGUGCUCGGGCAGGUAGCACCCUUUUGCUUUGCCUGCAGCGUGUCGCCGUCGUGCGGUCACUUGAUGCUGCGGCUGCUGCUCGACGCCAAGGCGCUGCUGCUGAAGGCAACCCACGUGAGCAUUGUACACACAUCAGCGAGGCAAGCGAACGACGGACCGUCGUGGACCCACGGUGCGAGCCCGCUUGUGGAUGUGACGGCGACGCUCGUCACCGGCGACCAGCGCAUUGUGCACGGCAUACUGUCGCUGCACGUGUCGUCGCGGCUCGGCUUUGGGCAAGUCUUGGUGGACGACCAGCCGUGGACGCCGUCGCAGGGAGCGACGGACCUCGAGGUCUCGCGGCACCCGUGGCACAUACCGCUGGCUAUCACGUUUCCAUUUUCGCACCAUCUGGGCACGUAG